AAAUGUUUAAUGUUUUUGGUAUAAACAUACAUGAAAUGGAUUUCUUAUCGCUAGCAUGUUUUUAUUUAAAUAUUAUAGCUCUGACAAACGGUUAUGUCCUAUUUGCUGCGAAUAUAGACGACUUCCAAACGAUUGCAAAGAAACUUGGCUCACCAAAAGUUAUUGACGAACUCAAACAAAUAGCAAAUGACCCAGAAAUUCAAAAAUACUUCGCGAAACCUAGAGCAAAAUCCCAGCAAUAUAACGCAGAUCAAAAUUUUCCUGUCGCAAGACAACGAGAACCGACAUUAAGCUUAAAGGAAACUGGUACUAAGAUAGAUUUUGAAGAAUUAGUUGAAAGAGUGAGACAAAGACUAGAAAAAGAAUUUCAAAGUAAAAGUAAUAAUAAAAGAGAAAACUUCAACAGACCUACUAAGCAAAUCAUAGAACAUGUACGAGGUAAAACAAAAACAACUAAAAGAAAACCGUAUGACGAAAAAGACACACAAGAAAAUGUUGAACCUUCGUAUGCAGAUCCAAUAAAUUAUGAUACAAUAAAAGAAACAUCAAGAAAUGUUCCUGAAACUCACGAUUUCGACUUGCCAUUCAAGAAAAUAGAUAUGCUAAAAGACGACAGCUAUGAAGAUUACAAAACACCGGCUAAGGAUACGUACGUUUUCAGCAACGAACACCCAAAAGAGAACAGAUUUAAAAUUAAAAAUAACAAAAUAGAAGUAAGACCUACAUUGGAAAUAAAGCGAUUGAAGCAUAAAACGAAGACAACUGAAGACUACGCAGAAAUCGUUGGAUCCAACGAAAUAAAGGCGAGAACAGAAAAACUAGAAUAUGAGGAUGAUAAUAGAAGUGAAAAGGUUGGAACUGGUAUCCCAACAAGGGAAACUUAUAAAAUGGUAACACCGAACUAUUAUGGUAAUCUACCAACGGUAGCUGAAAGGUAUGAUUUUAAUGAACCAAUACCAGAAAGAGAUAGACAAAGAGAAAACAUUAAGCACUUCGUUAAUCCACCCGCGAGGAUUAACAAGAAAAUUAGAUUACUAUAAAAAUAUUUCUCAAUUAAACAAAUAGUUGAAAAAAAG